CGGCCUUUAGUCUCACCGCCCCAAAUUCGACGGCAAAUAAUUAGAUACAUAGAGGGGGGAAAAAGAAAAAGAAAAUCCAAGAAAAGAAAAAUCCUCUCUCUCUCUCUCUCUCUCUCCAACGAAGAAGAAGAAGCGACGACCUCUUCAAUUCUCUCUCCUCGACAUCAGCAGCACGUUUGAUGGAUGAUGAUUGCUCCAAUGGAUAAAGUAUCAGCUCCCUCUUCGCGGGAGCUCGCAGAACGUCUCUACAAGAAGAAUAUCGAACUGGAGAGCGGUCUUCGGAAGUUUGCCAAGUCUAGAGCUCCGUCAGACCCGAAUAUAUGGUUUCAGAUUCGUGAGAAUUAUGAGGCCAUAAUCCUUGAAGAUCAUGGCUUUUCUGAAAAGCACAAUAUUGAGUUGGCCCUUUGGCAAUUGCACUACAGGAGAAUCGAAGAAUUCCGUGCACUCCUCAAUGCUGCCAAAUCUGCUGGAUCAGUUACGACCCAAGGGGGAAAAGCUCCUCCUCGCCCUGAUUCCAUUAAGAAAAUCCGUUCUGGCUUUAAAACCUUUCUUUCAGAGUCAACUGGAUUUUAUCAUGAUCUGAUUCUAAAAAUCAGAUCUAAGUUUGGUUUGCCCGUAGGUUUCUUUUCUGAUGGCCCUGUAAGCCAAAUUACCAUAUCAAAAGAUGAAAAGAAAUCAGCUGUUAUGAAAAAAGGACUCAUGUCUUGUCACCGAUCUCUAAUAUACCUGGGUGACCUUGCUCGUUACAAAGGAUUAUGUGGAGAGGGGGACUCUGUUACUCGCGAAUAUGCUGCAGCAUCCUGUUACUAUAAGCAAGCAGCUGGCCUUUGCCCAUCAAGUGGCAAUCCACACCAUCAGCUUGCAAUAUUGGCAUCCUAUGCUGGUGAUGAUUUGUUGUCAAUAUACCGCUAUUUUCGGAGUCUAGCAGCAGAUAUUCCUUUCUCAACAGCAAGGGACAAUUUGAUUAUUGCAUUUGAGAAGAAUCGUCAAAGCUUUUCUCAGCUACCUGUUAAUCCCAAAGCUCUGGCAGUAAAGAGAACGGCUUUACAAACCGCUGGGAGAGGAAGAGGCAGGGGGGAUGCUAGUAGGCUGUUGUCAAAAAAUUCCAAACCAGAAGCAACUCCUGUGAAAGAACAUGAUUUGAGCAUCUCUGAAGUUUUGAAGGCUUUCACCACUCGUUUUGUACGAGUUAACGGAAUUCUUUUCACUCGCACAAGCUUGGAAACUUUUGGAGAAAUUCUCUCUGCGGUAAAAAGCGAUCUACUUGAUCUUAUGUCUUCUGGACCUGAAGAGGAGUUAAAUUUCGGUCAAGAUGCUACUGAAAAUGCACGUUUUAUUGUGAGGCUCAUUGCGACGCUUAUAUUCACAGUCCAUAAUGCGAUUAGGGAAUCAGAUGGCCAGUCAUAUGCUGAGAUCCUGCAGCGCACAGUGCUUCUUCAGAAUGCAUUCACAGCUGUUUUUGAGUUUUCUGGACAUAUUAUUAAGAGAUGUGUGCAGUUAGAUGAUACUGCAUCAAGCUUUCUUCUACCAGCCAUUUUAGUUUUCAUUGAGUGGUUGGCAUGCCAUCCAGCCAUUGCCGCAGGCUCUGACAUCGAGGAAAAACAAGCUGCUGCGAGAUCAUUCUUCUGGAAUCAAUGCGUAGCCUUUAUGAAUAAACUUGUAUCCAAUGGGCUUAUUGCUGGAGCUGCGAACGAGGAUGAAACUUGCUUUUUUGAUAUGACUCAGUAUGAUGAAGGAGAAACUGGUAAUAGGACUGCAUUAUUGGAAGAUUUUGAAUUGAGAGGAUUUUUACCCCUAGUGCCAGCACAACUGAUUCUGGAUUUUUCAAGUAAGCAUUCUUAUGGAAGUGUUGGAAGUGAGAAGGAGAAACAAGCCCGUGUACAGCGGAUUCUCGCCGCAGGCAAGGCUCUUAUGAAUGUAGUGCGGAUUGAUCAAAAGGCUAUAUUUUUUGAUCCUUGCCUUAGGAGAUUUGUAAUUGGUAUAGAGCCUCCAGUAUUGGAUGAUUACAUGUCUAGUGAGUUGUCGGAUGCAUCUAAGGUGGAGGCCACUAAACAAGCAAGUCCAGUUGAGAAUGUUCUCAAGUAUGGGAUGACAAAACCCAAGACACAGCUAGAUGGAGAGGAUGAAGAUGAAGAAGAAAUUGUCUUCAAGCCUACUGUAGGGGAGAAGUAUCCUGGUGUAAUUGUUUCCACUUCCAUGUCAACUACUUAUGGGACAAUUCAGCCUGAGCAAAUUUCUGCAGGAGAAUGGGCUACCACUUCCAUGCCAACUGCUUAUGAAACCAUUCAGCCUACGCAAACUUCUUCAAAAGGUGAAUGGGAAAAUUAUGGUACACAACUUCCCUCUCCUGUCAGCAAUCUUCAGAUGCCUACCGGCUUGCAUACAAGUUCACCAUUUGAUGCUGCUGCUGUAAAUUUCUCCCAGCAACCUUUACCGCACAUGAAUCUGAACACCUCAAAAUGGCUAAUGGAACAAGCAGCACUUUUGUCAAACGGUUUAAAGAAAUUUAAAAUCAAUGAGAAUGGGCAUGUAGCCAAUCAUGGGUCCCAAGAAGGCUUGAUCUCUUUGCAAGCUCCAGCAUUUGCAUUCUCACCUUUGAAUUCAGCAAUUGAUCCCAUUAGCAGUAGGUCUUGUGAACAGUCAAAAGCCGCUGAAGCUUUUAUACCAUCUACCCUGCAUUCCUUAAUGCCUUCAGGGAUGACUUUUGACACCGCAUCUAUGAACCACCCAGGAAUAUCGCAGACUACAUCAAAGAAAACUCCCGUGAGUAGACCUGUUAGGCACUUGGGUCCUCCUCCUGGAUUUAGCAACACCCCUAAGCCUCUGGAUGACUCGAACUCGGAAACAGCGAUCAAUGGACAGAAUCCAUAUGUCGAUGACUACAGCUGGUUAGAUGGUUAUCAUUCUCCUACAAAAGCUUCGGAGAUGGAAAGGUCAGUUAAUCAUGUCACACAUAUGUAUCAGCAUCCUACUGCUAAGUUGAAUGGUGUGACGAGCUUCCCUUUCCCUGGAAAGCAAGUUUCCACCAUGCAAACCCAAGUGGUGAAUGAUACGUGGCAAGAUUUCCCCCUUUACGACCAUCUCAAGCCUACCUCAGAAUGGCAACUUCAGCAAGCUAGCUUUAAGCCUUCUAUGAUGCCGGAGCAGCAUCAAGCACAUUCUCUCUGGUCUGGUUACUUUGUGUGAAAUCCUUCACAUCUUCAUUAAGACGAUAACUGGUUUGCAGAUAGUGGUCUGAAGCCAGGUGCUAUCGACUUCCGUACCAUCUUUUCGGUCCUUGCAGUGUCGUUAAAUUUCUGUUUGGAGAGUGGACUGUCUUGGAAGCAUUUGCAGGUUCUUGACCUUGUAACUGGGUGUGCCGAGCCUCCCUAGAUGCUUUGAGGGAUUACAAGAUCAACCGGUCAGUGAUCGUGGUGGUAAACCUCAAGCUAGGGAUACCCCCAUUUGGAUGGUUGGUUCAGCGGUUUAAUCAUAGUGGAGAAUCUACGACAAGUUCCUACCUUAUGCUACUUCCUGAAGUUAUAUUAAGUUCGGGAAUGAUUUAGUCCUACUGUUCAAAGGAUGUGGUUUACUUCAUCUGCUGCCAUUAUCGGCUCGCUUGGCUGAGGAGGAAGAACUGA